AUCGGCUGAAGUGCUGCCUCACUCGCUACCUCUGGAGCUGGAGUCCUCUGCUGUGGCUUGGAUUGUUCUCACUGCAUGCACAAGGACACGGCAACAUAUUGGACAGCAUGCUGCUGAAAACCUCCAGUAAAGAGGCAAUGGAAAGUGGGAAGGAGACUUCUGGCAGUACAGCUCCUGCUUUGUCUUCCCAAAGAUUCCUGUGGUGUCACUGUUAUCACCACUGCCCAGAAGAUUCAGCCAAAAACAUAUGCCGGACGGAUGGGUACUGUUUUACCAUGGUGGAGGAGGAGGGAGGGGUUCCGGUCCAGACUGCAGGUUGCCUGGGCCUGGUGGGAUCAGAGUUUCAGUGUAGGGACACAGGAAUCCCCCAUCAGAGGAGAUCGUUAGAGUGCUGCACAGACGAAGAUUACUGUAACAGAAACCUGCAUCCCACACUGCCGCCGCUAAAACCACCUCUCUACGUAGAUGGAAAGAUCCACCACAUGGCACUGCUGAUUUCAGUCACUAUCUGCAGCCUUAUAUUGGCCGUCAUCGUUGUGUUCUGCUACUUCAGGUACAAGAGACAAGAGUCUCGUCCGCGGUACAGCAUUGGUUUGGAACAGGAUGAGACGUACAUUCCACCAGGAGAGUCCCUGAAGGAUCUGAUUGAGCAAUCACAAAGUUCUGGCUCAGGCUCCGGUCUCCCUCUGUUGGUCCAGAGAACAAUAGCCAAGCAGAUUCAGAUGGUGAAGCAGAUCGGCAAGGGGAGGUACGGGGAGGUGUGGAUGGGCAGGUGGAGGGGAGAAAAGGUGGCCGUUAAAGUCUUCUUCACCACCGAGGAGGCCAGCUGGUUCAGAGAGACUGAAAUUUACCAGACGGUUUUAAUGAGACACGAGAACAUACUUGGUUUCAUAGCUGCAGAUAUCAAAGGAACUGGCUCUUGGACCCAGCUCUACCUGAUCACAGAUUACCAUGAAAAUGGAUCUUUGUACGAUUACCUCAAAUCAACCACUCUGGACAACAAAGCCAUGCUGCGCCUUGCCUACUCCUCUGUGUCGGGACUCUGUCACCUCCACACGGAGAUCUUUGGCACCCAGGGCAAACCUGCUAUUGCUCACAGGGACCUUAAGAGUAAGAACAUACUGGUGAAAAGAAAUGGGACCUGCUGUAUCGCUGAUCUGGGACUGGCAGUCAAGUUUAUUAGUGACACAAAUGAAGUGGACAUCCCUCCCAACACUCGAGUUGGCACAAAGCGCUACAUGCCUCCAGAGGUUCUGGACGAGACUUUGAACAGAAGUCAUUUUCAGUCAUUUAUCAUGGCUGACAUGUACAGCUUUGGACUCAUCCUCUGGGAGAUUGCACGACGUUGCAUCUCAGGAGGAAUCCUGGAAGAGUAUCAGUUACCGUAUCAGGAAUUAGUUCCUACAGACCCUUCGUAUGAAGACAUGAGAGAGGUGGUCUGCAUCAAGAAACUACGACCAUCCUUUCCUAAUCGAUGGACCAGUGAUGAGUGUUUGAGACAGAUGGGGAAGCUGAUAACAGAAUGCUGGGCUCACAACCCGGCCUGCCGCCUCACAGCUCUGCGGGUCAAAAAGACACUUGCUAAAAUGUCAGAAUCACAGGAUAUCAAGCUGUGAGGUGCCAACGCCAGCUGUGCAUAGAAAAGGACAAUAAUGAUCACACUGGCUCUAAUCCAGGCCACUCAAACCUUCAUUUUUAGGAGGACAAA